AUGAUUUGCUUAAGUUGGAAUUGCCGGGGGCUUGGGAACCCCCGGACAAUUCAUGAGCUUCUCCAACUGGCGAAGACUAAGACCCCACACAGGGUUUUUCUUAUAGAAACCAAGUGCUCUAGUGAAAAGAUGGAAACAAUCAGAGUUAAAAUGGGUUUUGAUCACUGUUUUGCUGUAAAGAGUGUUGGAAGAAGUGGUGGUUUAAGCCUCUUGUGGAAUUCAAGUAUAAAGGUGAAGGUGGAUACCUAUACCAACUGGCACAUUUUAGUUUAUGUAAAACUGCCAAAUGCUGAUAAGUCAUGGCUUCUAACGGGUUUCUAUGGCCACCCUAAUACAGCUAAGAGAGCUGAAACUUGGCAAAUUCCUAAAGCAUUAAAACCAGCACCUCAAGUCCUGUGGUUGUGCUUUGGUGAUUUUAAUGAAAUAACUUGCUUAAGUGAAAAAUAUGGGGCAGCUAUAAGACCAUAUAAGCAAGUUAGGGAUUUCAGACAAACUCUAGCACAAUGUGAGCUAAAUGACUUAGGUUUUCAGGGGGAUAAGUAUACAUGGGCUAAUAAUAGAGAGGGGAGUAAUUUCACCAAGGAGAGACUUGAUAGAGUACCUGGGAACUCCUCCUGGAUUGACAAUUUCGAGGACCACUCAGUGCAGCACCUAGCUACUUACUCAUCAGACCACAAGCCUCUAUUGAUAUCCUUGCAAACACAAAAUUACAGGCCAAGUAAAAAAAGAAUUUUCAGAUAUGAAGCUAAAUGGAGAACAAAGGAAGGAUGUGAAGCACAAAUCAAAAGAUCCUGGGAGGAUAUCUAA